AUGUCAUUACCGGUCUCCGGCUUCCCUGGCCGGAUGCCCCGUCCCGCCCUCUCCGAGCGAGAGGAGAAGCGCCGAGAGCGGUCUGCUUUGUUUGAGAAGAAUUGCAUUGACCUGACGAGUGAUGGAGAGGAUGGGGAUGAGGAAGUUGGGGGGAGGAUUGUUUGGGAUACCUGGACGGGUCCCGGGGAGCCGAGUCUUGUUGUGUAA